AUGAAUAGAUCAAACAAUAACGUGCGUCCAGCUCAAGCUACUACAAAUGAACUUGGCAUGAAUGAUCAACACCUGAUGAAUGUACAACAUCAGCAACAUUAUUCUCACCCAACAAUGUAUGAUGAUGAAAACGAAAUGGAACAACGAGAAGGUUUUCUUCGUUCAUUAGCACAAAAUCCUCAUAUAACGCAUGAUUUCUAUCAAGUUAUUGAAUUUACACGAACUCGUGGUGCACAACAACCCGUUCAGCAACUAAACUAUGGGCAAAAUUGUCAAGGUCAACAGCAAAUUCCUUGUAUUUUAAAUAUUAAGACAAAUAUUCAGCACAAAUCAUCAACUCCAAAACGUGGCCAACCACUUAACGAUAGUGGUGGAUCCAUCAGUUCUGCUCCAAAACAACACAAAUCAAACAAAGGUACCUUCAUGGAAAUAGAAGAGUCGACGACGGCUAAUCAACAACAACGAAAAUCACUUCCUUUCGAUCAACUAAAACGAGCCGUAUCUUCUAAUUUACCUUGUUUCUUCAUCGAAUUCGUACAAUCAAAUACUUCGCUGCAGUUUCCAUCAGCUUUUGAAGCCGGAACUGUUAUUGAAAAGCACUUCAAAGAACAAAAAGUUAACAUUCAACACUUCAUUAGUUGGAUGGUCAAGCAAUCGUUUGAAGUUAGGAGUAAACAACAACGAUGA